UAAUAGGUAUAGUACGAAGACAAAUAAUUAAUAAAUACUGUGAUAGAGAUUUCACGUUCUUCGUAGUUUCUGAGUUUUUAAUUGAAUACCUGAGGUAUUCUAUAUUGAGGUUGUGUUGAUAUAACAGAAUGUUUAGUACCUAUAAUUGCGAAGUUAUAAGUGUAUUAAUGUAGUUCAAUACGGUUGGUUUUGCUCAGUGGACAGUAUUUUUAAGUGAAUUGUGAAUGUUGGAGGUAUGGCCACGACACUCAUAAAUGACCCACGUCAAUCGCAUGUGACAGAAAAUCAAGAAGAAAAUAUGAGUUCUAACAAAGACAGUGAGUUUACAAGUGAGGAUGAGGCUCCAGCUUCUAGAGGAAAAAAACGUAUUAUGCGACGAUUUUCCGAUAGCUCAAGUGAUGAAGAGACUAAUAUUAAAAAUGAUAAUAUCUCCAUUGAAGUUAAUAACAAAAGUAGUUCUGAUAGUGAAGAGCCAGUCCAAAAAAAUAGUGAGAGAAAAUCCAGGAUCCUUAUAAACAGCGAUGACAAUAUUUCUGAUACUGAAGAAGUUUCCAAUGUCACUGAACAGGUACAGACUACAGAAUAUUUUCCUAAACGCGAUCGGAAAAAGAAAUUACGUGAAAAGUUCAAGAAUAUGAAGUCACCAAGACAGAAACGCUCCAGUAAACUUAAAGAUAAUGUAUCUGAGAAUGAUAGUGAGAAUUCAGACAAUGAGAUGUCAUGCCUUAAAAUUAAACAGAAAUUAAUAGAAAAAUCAUCACACAUUAGUUUAUCUGUGUGUGAUCCUGAUGAUUCUGAUGAUGAAGAAAAUGAAAAUAAAGUGGAAAUAGAUAUAGGUGAAAUAAAGUUGAAGUCGAAAACUAAAACUAAAUCUCAACAACCAAAACAAAUCAGAAUGUCUGCAAAAGAAGCAAUGGAAAAUAUGCAAAAAAUCAAAAGUGAAUCUAAUCGCAUGUUGAGAGAAAAAGAGGUGUCUCUCCCUUAUCAUAGACCAAAAGCAUUAUCACUCAAAGAUAUAAUGAGUAGAAGGAGACCAGCAGUCAGUAGUGACGGGAAAUCAUUACCUAUCAAAAUGAAUGAGGAACAGUUGAGGCAUUAUGCUAUGCAAUUGGAAGAAAGACAAAAGGAAAUGAUGGAACUAUGCAAAAGUGAAAGUGAAGAAGAAGAAGAAGCCAAUGAGGAAAAAGAGGCUAAUGUUGAACAAAUUGAAUCAAAUGCUGAAAACCAAUCCAGUAACACAAAAACUGAGGAUGUUGAAGUGGUUUCUGAUGACCAGGAUAACCAAAAAGACCAAGAGGAUAUAGCUGGUGCAAAUGAUAUUAGUUUUGACCAAAUUGCUAAUGAAAAUAUAGAAACUCCAGAUGCUAAUAAAAUUAAUCCAGAAUGUUCUAUAAAUGAUAUGAACCAAGAUGAAACUAAUGUAACUGAUCCAACUAACACAAUUGAUAAUGAUAAAUCAAAAGAAGAUAUUGAAAUGUUAUCAGAACCAAAUAAUACUAAUAGUGAAAAUCAAUAUCAAAAUAAUACUGAAGAAAGUCAAAUCAUACAUUUGCAUUUUGACUCUGAAAAGCCAAAUGAAACAUUAGAUUCCACUGAAAUAAAUAAAAAUACAGAUGUUGUUAGUAAAAGUACUGAUAAUUCUGAAUUUUCUGAUGAUGAAGUUAAUUAUGAUGACAUUGAUGCUUUAAUUGAAAGUGCAGAAAUUUUAAAAGAUCAUGAGAAAAAAGAAGCAAGCCAUUCAAAAUCAAAAGAUUUAAGAAUAAAUACCAAACCAAAGUUGACUGGUGCUCCAGGAAUGAUUAUAAGUUUGGAUGGAGAUGAUCCUACGCCUAAACCAAGUGGGGUAGAAUUACUGAAAGAAAGAUUCUCAUUCUUUGUGAAUCUUAAAAAGGAAGAAGACAUGGAAAAGGAUAGAGAAAAGAAAUACAAACCAGGUACACAACAUAUAAAAUUAAAGCAACAGUUAGAGGAAGAAAUAGCUGAACAAAGAUCACUAGAAUGGGAAAAACGGCUCGAAGAAGAGAGGCUAUUAAAAUCAGAACAAAAUGCUAUACUGGGUGAUGAGUCAAUAGAAGAUAUUGAGAAAAUUGAAAAGAAGUUAGAAGAAACGGAAGAAGAACAAAAGAGUGAAGAGGAAAGUGGUACAGAUGAUGAGGAUUUAAUAGAAGAUGAUGUUGAUAUGUCGGAUAAACCACAAAAACGCAAUCCCAUGCUUGAAGAUCAAGCAGAAGAAUCAGAAGAUGGUGAGGAUGAAACAGCUCAAGAUGAUAAAGAAGAUGAUGAAAUAGAACAGCCUAGUGAAGCUGUUGAAGGUGAUGAUAAUGAAGAUAGUGAUUCUAGUGAUGAAAGUUCUGAGUCUGAAGAUGAAAUGGAUGAGCUUAAACCCAAAAAAGGAAGGAUACUUAAAGCAUUUGAAGAUUCUGAUGAAGAGGAUAUUGGGGUAGAGGAAGUUAAUGAAGUGCAAAUAGACAAAGUGAAAGAAAAUGUAGAAGAAUUAUUUAGUGAUCACAAGGAAUCUCAAGAUGAUGAAAUACAGCUAGCUCAAGCUAAUAAAUCUAUAUCUGAAGACUUAUUCCCUAGUCAAGAUUCAUCCAAUACAGUUGUUAAUUUAAAUAAAAAUAGUGAUGAAAUGACAAGCGGAGAAUUGGGCACGUUUUCAAUCCUCAGCACGUCUAAGAAUCAAGAAAUUAGUAUGAAUGAAGAUAUUCCAGACAAAUUAAGCAUUAUUUGCGAGACCCAACCUAGCCAGGCAAACUUUGAUGAAAUAGCGGGCAUGUGUUCUGGAGGCUUCUCGCAAAACUUAGUACCAACCCAGAUGGAUAAGUCCCAGCUAUCACCAUCACCAGAAAUUGGGGAUGACGUAGUUGCAUUAUGUACCGGAAAGUUCUACGAUAACCCCUUUGUCUCACAAAUUAAUGGACCAACACAAACAACGCUCACAAGUGUACAGGAUACAGUAACUUUAAACGAAAAAGAUGUGUCACCUCUUACACCAAGUUUAGUACCAGUAGAAAAGGAAAAUAAAAUAAAGAAUGAUAAUAUACUGAAAUCAAUUCUUGACGAAUUAGAUGACCCUGAAUAUGAUAAGCCGAAGCAGAAUAAAUUCUUCCCUAGUAAAGAUCCUGAAAUAGAGAAUGUGAAAAAGAGAUUUAUAAUAGAUUCCGAUGAUGAAACAAGUGAAGUGCUGCCUACAGAAGAUAUUAAAAGAAAGAAAAAGCUUAAGAAACGGAAAUUGGAAGAUCGGGCUUUGCAAAUAUCUGAUGAUGAAGAAGAAGACGAAGUGGCUUCAAAUGAUGAAUCCGAUAUUGAAGAUGAUACUGUUGACAAAGUUUAUGAAUAUGAUUCAGAGGAAAAUGAGGUUGAGGUGCAAUCAAAGCCACAGAAAAAGAAGAGAGUCGGUGAGUUCUUCGAGAAUGAAGCGGAGUUAACGUCAGAAGACGAAUGGGCUGGUUCUGGUGAUGAGGAUGAAGCUGGCCUCGAUAGAAUGGAGCGGGAGGAGGGAGACGAUGAAGUGUUCCAUCAGGGGAAACUGCAGAGGGAAUUGGGACAGAUACAUAUGCGCGAAGUAUUAGACCAAGACAAACGUGAAGUGCGAUUAAUUCAAGAGUUGAUGUUUGAGGAUGCCGACCUGGGCGAUGGACAUAGACAACGCAAAUUUAGGUGGAGAAACUAUGAUGGCGAGGAAGAAUUAGGGACAAUAGUGGAUGAAUUUGGGGAAACUCAAGAGGAUGAAUUUGAAUCUGAGGAGCAAUGGCGAAAGCAGAGACAUGAACGUGAGAUGUUUUUGAGGAAAUUGCAAGAAAGUGGUACUGAAGAAGAUGUGAAUACUAGUAUAAACAGAACUACAAUAAUAAAGGCUAAUCUAACAUCAAGAACGAUGUCUAGCCUCAUAGCUGAGGUUGAACAGAAACCAGCGGAAAAGGAGAAUAUAGUUGUGCCAGAGAAGAAAACUACAAAGGAUAUUCCUAGUCCCAAAAAGCCAUUUGCUAUUUUUAAGCAAAACUACCACGGCUCGCUAUUAACCCGUGGUCGCGGUGCGCUAGCCCGUUUAGCUGCGUUGGCAACACCGCUCGCGGGGGAUGACGAUCAGCCGAAAGUGUUGGCAUCCGCAAGGGGCAACUUCGUGUUCGCAGCUCUUGGGGAUGAUGAGCCGAAGCCACAAAAACGAAAAGCUGAAGGUCCUGUCCACACGCCGAAAUUAAUAAAGAAAAUGAAGACUGAAUCAUCAAGUGACAAAUUAUUCCCCUACGCCGAAGAGAACGUGAAGCAGUUCCUUGACAGUCAGUGGGAGACUGAGGACGUUAAGGAAGCCGUCGUCGCUCUGCGGAAACUAGCACUUGAAGAUCAGGAGAAGAGCGUGGAAGGCGUGGUUGCCAUCCCUGGAGAGGAUGCCUCCAAGGAAGACCAAAUUGAAGGUCUUGUGAACAACGUAAAAUGGCAAAUGUCAUCGGACCGCAAAGUUGGCGCGCUAAAACAAUUGCAAGGUUUGAUCUGGAAGCAAGGGUAUGACAAGGGCGAUAUUAAAGGACAUGUCUACGAUGACGUCAUGCCAGCGCUUGACCAGUGGCACUCGGUCGACGGCCAGAAGGUGUACAUUUAUUCCUCAGGCUCGGUGCAAGCUCAAAAGCUCUUAUUUGGACAAUCACUGUCUGGUGACUUGCUGAAAUUCAUUGAUGGUCACUUUGACACAGCUGUAGGUGCUAAACAGGAAGCUUCAAGUUAUAAGGCAAUCAUCGAGAAAAUUGGUUGCAGUGCUGAUGAUAUUUUAUUCCUCACUGAUAUUGUUAAAGAAGCGGAAGCAGCCCGCGAAGCAGGUCUCCAAGUGGCCCUCGUGAGCCGAGAGGGCAAUGCCUCCUUAUCCGAGGAAGCAAUCACUAGCUUCCCAGUAAUCCAGACGUUCGCCCAGCUCACCGUCUCCAACAAACGCAAGACGGACCCACAGGAUGAACAACCCGCAAAAGUACCUAAAACUGACAUUCCUGAGACGUCAGAAACGAAAGAAGUAGCACCAGAGAAAGUUGAUAAAGAGGAAGAAAAAAUGGAAGUAGAUGAUGCACCUAUUGAAGAUGUUAAAAGCAAAAAGACUGAAGAAGCCACCGUUGAAACCACAAUUGAAGAAGUUACAGAUUCAAAAGAUCUUGAUGCCCCAGUGUGUGACAUCGAACCACUCGUAACAGAAGCUAAUGCCGAUAAACCUGAAGAAAAUAAAGAUGCUGAUAAAAUGGAAACAGAAAAUGUUAAUGGUAAUAAUGAAUCUGUAAAGGCAAAUGUAGAUGAGGUGGACAAAGAGAAAGUUGAAACAAAAGAUCUAAAGGAGGAAAAGGUACCAAUGGAGACAGCUGAUGUGCCAAAGGAUCAGUCUGAAGUAAAAAAAGACAGUGGACCUGUUGCCGAAGAAACUCCGCCUACUGUUAUCACAGAAAUAGAGGAAAUAACAAAUGAUAAGGAAGACCUGUCUGAAGUUGCCGAAAUAAUAGAUGACUUAGAACCUGUUGUUGAAGAACCCGCAAUGGCCACUGAUUUAGAAGAUCUUCAAAAUGUUGGAGAUGAAUUAGAAAAGGAAUGUGAUGAAAUAUUGUCUAAAGUGCAGGAUGUAACUAAUCUGGAUAACAUUAAUGUCAAACCUUUAUUAAAUACUAUUGCAGAAGAUCCAAUGGAGGUUGAAAAUGAAGUUUCAAAGGAUGUUGAAAAGUUACUGGAUGAAGAAGCGGCAACUGAAUCAAAAACACCUGAAGAUGUUAAACCGUCCGAGGCUACAAAUGGCGAGGAAACCAAAGCAGUGCCGUAUGUGAAUAAUAAGUGUGAAACAAAAGCAGAACUAAAGGAAAUGCCAAGUACAACUAUAAGUGAUGCCACAACUGAGACUAGUUCGCAAGAAACAAAUUCUGAUGCGGAAAAAUUAGACAGCCCCAUGGAAACUAAGCAAGAUGAAGCUAAAGAGGGGGACAAAUCGGAAGUAACGGAAACGAAACAAUUAGAAGUAAAAAAUAAUAAAGAAAGCGCUGAAAACUCUGUAGAUACGACAAAAACGAAUGAAGUUGCCACCUGUGAGAAUGAAAAAGUAUCGGAAACGAAUAAUACGGACAAGAAAACGGAAUCGAAAGAAAUGAGCGUCGAAAACAAAACUGAAUCGGCUUCUGAAGAAAAACAACUGAACGGGGAUGCAAAAAACGGUAAACCAGAAGCAGUUAAUCAGAAUGGAGUAGAAAAUAAAGAAGCUGAAAUUAGUGCUAGAUUAUCAGCGGAAAAUGGUAAAGCGGUGAACGGUUCCAACGGUGACGCGAAUGAUUCGGAGAAGGGACAAGGUGACAGUAAGGUGGAGGACGUGGAGAUCAAAGUGAAAACCCUCGCGGCAGAGGAGCCGCGCCCAGACCCCAUAGAGCAGGCGACGGAGGCGUAAAAUACUUAAGCGGGAUUGAUUGGGAUCGUUGUGCGUCGUAGUGUUGGCUCACAUCACACGAAUGACAAGACUGAGGCUGCUUCCACGCUAAUAACAUCACUCCUUAAUUAUAUUUGUAUCAUUACAACUCCAUUGCGGUGACGAUUUUGUAUAUUGCCGGCUGAAAACUUUAAAACGUAAUACAACUACAGCUACGAUACGCGCGGGCCAACAUCUUUAUAAAAACUAAUUGAAAACAAACUGCCUAUGCUUCUGACAUUUUUACAUUGACCAGUGUGUUUUUUAAACUUAUCACCAAAUCACAUUUUGAUGGGCAAGCAUAGAAGCGUUGUUUUCAAUUAUUUUUUUCAUUCUAUCCCUUAGUAUUCUUAAAAAUAUUUUAAGAAUUAGUUUUAGGCAAAAUACCGAUUCCCCUUUUAGUGACAUCGUUAUACGAAUAGGCGUACAUUUUAAUUAAAUUAUAAGCGAGUAUUUUUAACUAUUAAGCGUCGUUUACGCACAGUUUGAUUAGUUUCUACUCGGCUGAAAUAAAAUCUUGGUAAGAAUCUCUUGACGGUUUGUAAUAAUAAUUUUUCCUAUUGCAAAUUUAUAGUCCUAGAAUUAGAUAUGCAAAAUUUUAAUAAAUUAUCUCUGUGUCAAAUUUUUUAUAGCUGCCAAUACGAUGAUAAAGUCCUAAGUAAUGAGCCGCGUACUUUAUAAGACUAAUUAAGUGUUACGAAUAAUUUGAACGCUGUCCCUUCAGUUACCGGUAGUGUACAUGAUAUGUCACUGCUUUACGUAUUUUACUAACAUAAGAAUAAUUCGUAAGUAUUAACCGUAUUGUGAUCUUGGAUAUCGUAUUUAUAUAUAUGACAGGAUUUUGGUGAUAUUUUGUAACACUGCCAAAUCACUUGCCCCCUUUCUUUGGCGUCAGAUUACAAUUCCUAUGUGAUAUUGAAAACAAGACUGUAUUUUUAUAAGUAAUGUCGAUACAUUGGGCUGUGGCGAUAAUCUGAAUUCGGUUGCGGUGAGGACGACAAGUGAUCCUAUUUGUGUGGGAAACAAUCUUCCAUGUAAACAAUACUCUUGAAAAAUUAUUUGUGCGAAUCAAUUGAUGUUCCUUCGUUUCGGUACGGUAAUGUAUCCUAAGUUUUAUCAUAUCAAUUUUGUAAGAUAGGUAUUUGUAUAUAUGGUUAGUGUAUUUCUUUCAGAGGAAGAGAUGGUUUGUCAUUGGUAUUAGGAUAAUGAAGUUUAGUUAAAUCCUUGAGUUGCGCUAGUUUGCCUCAGCUGUUUGAGUGGGACAGGCAUAUUUCUAAUGCGAAGUUUAAUAAUGAUAUGGGUGUGUAAAACACAAAGUCACAAGUGUCCAUGUUUUACGAUGAAUUGUCGAAUUUUGAAGAAUUUUACUUAUUAUUUGUGGGAGUUGCCAAACUGAACUAGUCAAGGUGUGCUUAGAAUCUCGAGAUUGAAGUGGGUGUGAGCCUAGUAUGGACUGGGAAUAAUUUUCCUCUAUUUUUCACAACUACGGUACUAUUCGUAUUUUCUUUUGUAUUAUUUUAAUUAUAAGUUCUAAAUUUAUGUUCCUUUUUAGUUUUAAGGUUAAGACGGAUCAUUCUAAGUUGUAAUCUGACAUCAAACGAGAGACCAAGUUCCUUCUUUUAGACUGAUUUUUUUUAUUAAACCAUAUUUAGUCUCGCGUCAGUCCAAAUAUGCAAAGACCUGAAUUUUGCGCGUAACACUAUAAUAAUAAUUAUUAUAAUAUGUAUUUUUUUUCUACAAUGCUAUUUGAGAUAUUGAUGAGAGAAGCUUAAAUAAUAAUUAAGUAUUCAUUCAAUUAUUUGGUUAUGGUUCCCUUGUGUAUAAAAGAACUUGAUGUUUUCAAUUUGAUCAAAAUGUAUUAGUUUUAAUUAUCACCACUGAUGACGUUGAAAUAUAAUGGAUGUAGAAUUUCUCA